AUGGGAAGGAGAAAAAUCGAGAUUCAGCCGUUGACAGACGACCGGAACCGCACGGUUACCUUUGUCAAGAGGAAAGCCGGGCUUUUCAAAAAGGCAUAUGAAUUGGCGGUGCUUUGCCAAGUCGAUCUAUCGGUUAUCAUCGUUGGCAACAACAAUAAGAUUUACGAGUUCUCGACGGUGGACUCGGAAGAGAUUUUCAAAACAUAUGACCAAGUGAUAGAUUCCAACAAACGAAUACACGAAUCAAAGUCGCCCGAGCAUUACCUGAAUUACAAGAAGAAGUCGAAGCUAAAUGAACCGCUAACGGACAAGAGCGGCCAAGUCGUGGCCUCGAAAGCGAAUCUCGAUGAUAGUUAUAGGGAAGGAGACGACAAUGAGGACGAGUAUGAGGAGGACGACGACGACGAUGGAGAUGGAGACGGAGAUGCCGAUCAAAAUCGAAAUCGAGAUCGAGAUCGAGGUCGAGAGCGAGACAAACAUGGAGAUCGAGAUGGAGACGGGGACCACGAUAAUGCCUCGGAGGUUGCAUCGACAAGACGGAAAACAAACCAUAAACGAGAUCGCAGCCAUAGCCAGAACCGAAACCCCAAGGUGUUCAACAGCAAGAAACCAGCACCAUCGCCGCCCCCUUCGCAUAUAUCACUCAACAACGUGCCUACAUUCAACAAAUACAAGAAAACGAAAUUGGAAAUAUCGGAAACACACACUAGUACGCCUUCGCCGGUGCCAAGUAGGAAAGAAGGAUCGUCGCGACCUAUACUACGGGUCCAAAUACCAAGCGACCCCAAGGGCUCCAACUCCAACGGCAAUAAGCUUCAGUACGAGCCCGAUAAGCAUGGCUCUCAGGAUACGGCAAUGACCAUCACCGCUGUCGACCAGAGCUCCUCUGUGCAAAACACAAGUUCGAAUCAAACAAACUCCAGCCGCGGGAUCGGCAGUGGUCGACAUUCAAGCGGACACCACGAAGAUGCCGCCGCCGCCAACGGUGCCCCGAGCCACUACCAUUCUACUCAUUUAAUGCCCAAUGUGUCUUCGACAAAAUUCGGAGGAUACUCCUCGUUCAGGUCUCCCGAUAAUAGAAAGCCAACGUUGCCGUUGCCGAUAAACUCGAAAUCACAAACUUCCUCGCCAGCCAGCGCCACGGGGCCGGGACUUCCAAGCACUGCACACGGCCACAACACGGCCCCCAAUACCACCACCACUACCACCACCGCCACAACCACCACAAGCAACAGCAACAGCAACAGCGCCAGUAACCUUCAUCCCAACUCCCACCCGAACGGCACACUUUCCAGCAGUAACAUGAAUUAUAAUCCUCAAAACAAUAACCCAAACAUGUUUUUCAGCAUGCAGCAGAGCCCACAAAAUAGCAAUUUCAUGUCUUUUCCCAUGCUGGCGUAUAAUCAACAAUUUCAGCAGCAGUUUCCAAAUACAGCCGCGCAACAACAACAACAACAACAACACGCACCACAGGCCCAGCCUCAUAGACAAAUGUAUCCACCCGGCGGCCUUUUAAACACAAGCAUGCCAAUGCAAGCCAACCCGCUCCAACAACAACAGCAGCAGCAGCAACAACCGGAAUCAGCCGUGCGGUUCCGGACGCCGGCAGCAUCGCAAUUUGCCAGCCAGCCGCAAUUUGCCAAUAAUGGGGGAGGGGAGCAGACACCGAUAUCCGCAUUGCCGUCUCGAUACGUCAACGACAUGUUCCCGUUUCCCUCGCCCUCGACCUUUUUGGGCCCACAGGAUUGGCCCACGGGCGCCACUCCCACCACGUCCAGUGUACCCCAGUUCUUUAUGAAUAUGAUGCCGUUGCCCAGCGCAGGCGGAUCAAAUCCCCUUGCGCACCCACAACAGCCGCAACCACACCCACCGGCACAAUCCACCCCGCAGAUUCAAAUGACGGCCCAGUUUGGAUCGGCGUCGGGAACACCAACGUACAAGACCCACGUCUCACCCAUGAUCUACCAGGGCCCAGCAAGCAAGAUUUCCGAAGAAGAGGACAACAGCAACGAUGCCGAAAAGGACGAGCGCAGCGGCGAUGGUGCUACGCAGCUGACGCUGGUCACUUUGCCGGGUGAAACGAAAGCUGGAAAAGCAGCAGCUGCAACAGCAUCACGCGAGGCGUAA